AUGAAAUUAGUUUGCCGUUUAAGACCAUAACCAAAUAAUACAUCUUAGAGUACUGUAAACUCAAAAAAGGAUGUACGUACUAACAUCUUUGCUGGUGUAUUAUCUAAUGAAUGUAUAUUUUGUACCAUGAUAAGCACCCCAGACUCUUGUAGUAAGCUCACGUAAUGCAAUUUCUUAAAAGAUAAUCUAUGAGUAUUUAAAAAAUGAUUCAGAUAUUAUGAGAUAAAGAUAAUCUAUUAUUGAGAAUUCUGAUCUCUUUUAAUUUGAUCAGGUUUUUGGAGAAAAGGCUAAUUAAUAAUUGGUUUAUGAUUAGAUGAUGGCAACUAAAGUUAACAAUAUGAUAACUGGUUAAUCAGGUUCUUUACUUAUUGUUGGAGGGCCUGAAAGUGGAAAAAAAUACACUAUAAAAGGUGAGGAAAGAGGCUAAGAAAAAGGUUUAGCUGUAUUGAUAGUUGAGAACAUACUUAAUUUAAUUGAGGGUUCAAAAUAAUUAAGAGGGAAGGGAAAAUUAAAUAUUUCAAUAUCUUUAGUAAAUAAUAUAGAAGUAAUUGAUUUGGUAGGGUCAUCUAGAAAUUAAACUGUCAAAUUUUCAUAAAUCAAGAGUGCAAGUGAAUUCAAAAAAAUACUUAAUUAAAGUUUAUUUUAAUAUAAGUAAUAUGUUAAAGAGCAUCCUGAAUCAAAAAAUAAUCAUAUUUUUAUAAAAUAUUUAAUUGAAUAAGAUAAAUAGGAAGUAGCUUAAUUACAUUUGAUUAUCUUUAAUGAAUUUAAAAGAGUAACAUAAGAGGCUAAGGAUUUUUAAGGGAAAUUAAAAUAAUUGCUUACAUCUUUAUAGGAUUUUUAAGAGAAAGACUUAGAAAGUAAAUCAUUAUAAUAACUUUAUCUUUCAUUUAGAGAAACUAAAUUCAAUAAUAUAACUGUUAUGUUUUGUGUUUCUGAAGUUUAAUAAGAUCAUAUAACAGCUUAUAUGACAUUAUAAUUUGCUGAAGAAUUGAGAUAAACAAUAAAGCCUUAAACAUAAAGGAUUGCUUUAUCUUAGUUGGAUAAUUAAUCAAAAUCAUAGUUAGGAAGAGAUAAUUUAACAUAAUAAUAAUUUGGAUAAAAGGGAUCGAUUGAUGAUUAAGCAUCUAGAAUUAUAAAACCAGAAGGAUCUGAUUAGAUUAUGAGAUUUGGAUCUGAUUAAAAUUUAAGGCCAGGAUCAGAUUAAACAGUUUUACAUUAAUCAAAAAUUUAUAGUAUAAUAGACAGAUAACCAAAUAAGUAGGAUACAAAUUAUUCAAAAUAAUUUUAAGAAUUGAAAGAUUUAUUGAAAGAAAAAGAAGUAAUUGAUGAUUAUAAGUAAUUUAAAAGCAUAUAGUAUUUAUAGAGUCUUAAGAUUUGAAAAGGAAUUGAAGAAUUUAUAAGAGGAGAAUUUACGAUUAUAGAAUAAGGUUUAUCAAUAAGAAGAUUCAAUAAAACAGAGGGAUCAUUUAAUAUAAUAGUUGGAAUAACAUAUGGACGAUAAUAAAAAAUAAAUGGAAAUGGAACAUCAAUUAUUUACAUAAGCAUAAUAGAAAGAGAAUAUUUAUGAAUAAAAUCAAGAAGAGUUGAAUGAAGCUGUAGCAUAAUUGAAUAAUUAAUUGAGAUAUUGUAAUGAAGAAUCAUAGUUAUAAAAAUAAAAAAUAAAAGUAUUGGGAAAUGAUAUUGAAAUGAUGAAAGAGUAAGAGCAUAAGAAUGCUAAACAUUAUGAAAAGAGAGAGGAUGAAUUUAUGGGAUUAAUUCAGUAGGAAUAAGAGCGCAAUAGACAAUUAUAUUAAGAAUUAGAUUAUUUUGCUAUAGAGCUGAAGAAUAGAGAAUAAUAAUUAUUUGCAAAUGAAGAUAAUAUAAAAACAUUAAAUAAGGUGAUUGAAGAUUAAUCUAAAAGAAUUGAAGAAGAGAAAUAAAAGAAUAAGGAAUUAUGUGAGAGUAUAAACAAUCACAAAUAAAAACAAGAAGAGGCAAUUAGAGAUAUAAACAACAUAGAAUAAAGAUUCACCAAAUUAAAGGUUAAACUGGAGACAGAAAAUCAAUAAUUAAAAUAGGAAAAAGAAAAAUAUUUAUAGAAAUAUAAGGAGAAAUUAAAAAAAUAUAAAACUUAAAUUAAAUAGUUUGAAUAAGAGAAUGGUUAUAUGAAAAUGGAAAGAGUAAAAUUGUAGACAGAAAAUGAUUAGUUGUAUGGUAUUUCAAAACAAUUAGAAACAUAAUUAGGUAGAGUAAAUAGUGAAACAACAGAGAGAAUAGGAGGUUCUUAUGAUGCAUAUGAGUAAGAGAGAAUAAAAUCUCAAAAUAUUUAAUUGAAUAAUCAAUUGAAUUAAGCUGAGUAUGAGGUAAUUAAAAUUAAAUUAAUAUUUUAGAUAAAAUAAUUAUCUCUUUAGUUAAAUAAUGCAAUAUAGUAAUUGGAACAAACUAAUAUUGAAUAUGAUCGAAUUUUGUAGGAUAAUUAGAGAUUACAGAAAUAAGUAGAUGAUAGAUAAUCGGAAGCUAAGAAAAAUGAGUUGAUGAUAGAAAAGGUUGUGGAAUUAAGUGAUAAAUAAUUGAAUGAUUUGGAAUCUAAGUUCAAUAAAUUAACAGCUUAAAUAAAUUCAUUAUAACAUGAGAAAAAGUCAUUAUAGUUAGAAAAUUAGAAUAUAAAGAAUUAAUUAGAAUAAAUGGAUGGAAAUGAUUUAGUUUUAGAGAAGAGAAUAGUGAAAUUAAGAAAAGAAAAUAAGGAUUUAAGUAAUUAAAUAAAAUAGUUAAAUUAAAAUAUGAAAGAAAUGAUUGUAGAGAAGCAUUCAGAGAUGAGAAAUACAUCUUUACAUUAAAGUAGAUAUAGUAAUAAAUUGUUGAGUUAAAAUUAAUCUUAUAGAUCAUAAAAAUUAAUAGAUGAAGAUGAUGUUAUUUGA